AUGCCAAUCAAGACGAUCGUGGAGCCGUCAUCUUGUAGACGAGGCCAGAAAUGUCCUUGUAGACGCUUGCCACGGAAGAAAUCGACUAACCUGACAAUGGUGGCUGUGAAACAAGAGAUGGAGAAAACAAAAGAACAACUCAGUGUAAAAAAAUCAGCCUUGUCAUCAACUGUUCGUAAAAAGACGAGUGCUUCUGACUCUCGAACCUCUGCUUCUCUUGUCGGAUAUACUGGCGCAUUAAUUUUACUCUCACUCGCUCUAAUAGUUGUUAUACAAGACAUUAUCAGUUUUAUUAAAUCACCCGACAAGUAUUCAAAGCCGAGGAAAAAGAAAAAAGUUCGGAAAAAGAGGAGGGAUAAAUUGAUCGUAUCAGUGUAA